GUGCAUCCGGCGGUGGGGACACCCGAGCCAUGGCAGCGCUGCUGAGACCCGCCCGCUGGCUCCUCCGUGCCGGGGCUGCCACGCGCCUCCCCCUCUCCCUGCGCCUCCUCACGAGCGGCCCAGGCUGGCCGCACACAGGUCUUUGCCUGCCGGCUCGAGCCCGGCCGGUCUCCGGAGGCCUACUACACCCAGCCAGGCUGUAUGCUAUUGUUGCUGAAAAAAAGAAAGAUAUUCAAGAGGAGCCCACUUCUGUUAAAAAGACUACCAGUCAAUUUGAUUGGGCUCUAAUGAGAUUAGAUAAUUCUGUCCGAAGAACUGGUCGUAUUCCAAAGACACUUCUACAGAAAGUUUUUGAUAACACAUGCCGCUCAGGUAGCCCAGGUAGUAAUCAAGCCUUGCUUUUACUACGUAGCUGUGGUUCUCUCCUGCCUGAACUGAAGCUCACGGAGAGAACAGAAUUUGCUCAUAGGAUAUGGGACAAACUUCAGAAAUUGGGUACAGUGUAUGAUGUUAGUCACUACAAUGCUUUAUUAAAAGUCUAUCUUCAAAAUGAACAUAAAUUCUCACCAACUGAUUUCCUGGCAAAAAUGGAGGAAGCAAACAUUCAACCAAAUCGAGUGACAUACCAGAGAUUGAUUGCUGCUUAUUGUAAUGGAGGAGAUAUUGAAGGUGCCAGCAAGAUUCUUGGAUUUAUGAAAACUAAGGAUCUUCCAAUCACAGAGACAGUGUUCAAUGCCCUUGUUACAGGCCAUGCAAGAGCUGGAGAUAUGGAGAAUGCAGAGAAUAUUCUCACAGUGAUGAAAGAGGCUGGAAUUGAGCCUGGUCCAGACACAUACCUAUCAUUACUGAAUGCAUAUGCUGAGAAGGGCGACAUUGACCAUGUCAAGCAGAUACUCAAGAAGGUGGAGGAGUCCGAGCUUUACCUCAUGGACCGUGAUUUAUUACAAAUUGUUUUUAGCUUCAGUAAAGCUGGGUAUCCUCAACAUGUCUCAGAAAUUUUGGAAAAAAUUACGUAUGAAAGAAGAUUUAUUCCAGAUGCAAUGAAUCUCAUUUUGCUUUUAGUUACUGAAAAAUUGGAAGAUACGGCAUUACAAAUUUUACUAGCAUGUCCUGUAUCAAGGGAAGAUGGUUUGAGUGACUUUGGCAGUUUCUUUUUACGACACUGUGUGACUAUGAACAUGCCUGCGGAGAAGCUGACACACUACUGUAAGAAGUUGAAGGAAGCCCGGAUGCACUCAUCUCCUCUGCAGUUCACCCUCCUUUGUGCUCUGCAGACCAAUAAAGCUGAUUUGGCAAAAGUUCUAAUGAAGGCUAUGAAGGAAGAAGGGUUUCCUGUCAGAACUCACUAUUUUUGGCCAUUGCUAGUUGAACAUCAGAAGAAGAAAAACGUUGAAGGGAUAAUUGAAGUCCUCAAAGGAAUGCAUGAAUUGGGAAUAGAUCCUGAUCAGGAUACUUAUGUAAAUUAUGUGUUUCCAUCCUUUGAGAGUGUGAAGUCAGUCCAUACGGCUUUGCAGGAAAAUGGAUGUCUUCCUGAAGGUGAUACGUUUUCUCAAGCUGAGCUGAGAAGUGAAGCAGUAAAUGGGAACUUAGACUAUAUUUUAUCAUUUUUGGAAUCAAAUACAUUGCCUUUCUCAUUUAAUUCGUUUAGAAGCAGCCUGAUUCUAGGCUUUAAGAGGUCUAUGAAUAUAAAUCUUUGGAGUAAGAUAACAGAAUUGUUGUACAAGGAUGGACGUUAUUGCCAGGAACAUCUAGGACCAACGGAAGCUGUUGGCUAUUUUCUUUAUAACUUGAUUGACAGCAUGAGUGACUCAGAGGUACAGGCCAAGGAGGAGCAUUUGAGACAAUACUUCCAUCAGCUAAAGGAGAUGAAUGUGAAAAUUCCUGAAAAUAUCUACAGAGGCAUUCGUAAUCUACUGGAUAGCUACCAUGUUCCUGAAUUAAUUAAGGAUGUUAAUGUGUUGGUUGACAGAGAGAAGAUAGACUAUCGAAAAACUAUGCAACUUAAAUCAUCUGAUUUGGAGUCUACACUUGAAAAACUAAAAGCUGAAAAUCAACCUAUAGGAGAUGUCUUAAAGCAACUCAUAUUAAUGCUUUGUUCAGAAGAGAAUAUGCAAAAAGCCCUUGAAUUGAAAGCAAAAUAUGAAUCGGACAUGGUUAUUGGUGGCUAUGCAGCUUUAAUAAAUUUGUGUUGUCGACAUGAUAAUGCAGAAGAAGCAUUGAACUUGAAACAAGAAUUAGACCGUUUAGAUUCAUCUGCUGCCCUUGACACCAGGAAGUAUGUAGAGCUCGUAAAAGUAUUGGGAAAGCACGGCAAACUCCAAGAUGCUAUUAACAUUCUAAAGGAGAUGAAAGAGAAGGAUGUUCUUAUCAAAGAUACAACAGUCACGGCCUUUUUCCACAUCCUAAAUGGUGCAGCUUUAAGAGGUGAAACUGAAGCAGUAAAACAAUUGCAUGAAGCUUUGGUGACUCUAGGGUUACUAAAACCAUCCGCCAACCUAAGUUCCCCAUUGAUCACUGUAUACCUGGAAAAGGAUGACUUACGUGGUGCUCUUGAAGCCACCAUUGACUGCCAUGCAAAGUAUAAAGUACUACCAAGGAUUCAUGAUGUCUUAUGUAAACUGGUAGAGAGAGGAGAGACUGAUCUAAUUCAGAAAGCAAUGGACUUUGUGAGCCAUGAACAAGGUGAAAUGAUGAUGCUCUAUGAUCUCUUCUUUGCCUUCCUACAAACGGGAAAUUAUAAAGAGGCCAAGAAGAUCAUUGAGACUCCGGGCAUCAGAGCUCGACCUUUACGGCUUCAGUGGUUUUGUGACAGAUGUAUCACAAGUAAUCAGGUUGAAACUCUGGAAAAAUUAGUGGAGCUAACAGAGAAGCUAUUUGAAUGUGAUAGAGACCAGUUGUACUACAGUCUGCUAAAACUAUAUAAAAUAAAUGGUGACUGGCAAAGAGCUGAUGCUGUCUGGAAUAAAAUGCAAGAAGAAAAUGUUAUUCCUCGUGAGAAGACAUUAAGAUUAUUAGCGGAAAUCCUUAGAAAUAGUAAUCAGGAAGUUCCAUUUGAUGUACCUGAGUUAUGGUAUGAAGAUGAAAAAGAUGUCCAGAAUUUUCCAUCAGCUCCGCCUAUAGAAAAUGAUCUCCAUAAAGAUCUGCUGGAUGCCUGCCAAAGUAGGAGAAACAGAGAUGCAUUUAAUAUUUUCCUGAAAGCAAAAGCGCAAAACGUUGUGUUUAACACGAAAACUUACAACAGUCUCCUAAAAUUACUCUUAUUGAAAGAUUGUUUAUCACAAGCAGAGCAAGUGAAAAAUUUUGCUGAGACCCACAUCAAGGGCUUCACACUGAACGAUGCUGCCAACAGCCUCCUCAUCAUAACGCAAGUUAGGCGGGAUUAUUUGAAAGAGGCUCUAACAACACUUAAAACAGCCUUGGACCAGGAGCAGAUCCCUUCCAGGUUAGCCGUGACCCGCCUUAUCCAGGCCUUUGGCUUGAAGGGUGAUGUAGAAAGCAUAGAAGCACUUCAGAAGAUGAUAAAUGGACGUGAAAACUCAAUUGGACUUUCAGAAAUGGUUUUCAUCAAUAACAUUGCUUUGGCACAAAUAAAGAACAAUAACAUAGAUGUUGCAAUAGAAAACAUUGAAAAUAUGCUUACUUCAGGGAGUCCACCUGUGGAACCCCACUACUUUGGCUUGUCAUACUUAUUCAAAAAAGUGUUAGAAGAGCAAUUGGAAACAGCAGUUGAAAAGAUAAGCAUCAUGGCAGAGAGACUGGCCAAUCAGUUUGCAAUUUACAAACCUGUCACUGACCUUUUCCUUCAGCUUAUGGAUGCAGGCAAGGUGGACGAUGCCAGAGCUCUCCUACAGAGAUGUGGUGCAAUUGCUGAACAAGUCCCAAUUUUCUCGGUGUUUUUUGUUCGGAAUUCUGGGACAAAAGGAAAGGCCACAACUCUGAAAUCUUUGGUAGAAUUGAUUCCUGAAUUGGCUGGAAAGGAUAUAGUGUAUACCUCCCUCAUGAAAAGCUAUGUCAUGGAUAAAGAUGUCACAUCUGCUAAAGUGCUAUACGAACAUUUGACUGCCAAGAAUAUAAAAUUGAAUGAUCUGUUUCUGAAGCGUUACGCAGUGUUGCUGAAGGAUGCUGGAGAGCCUCUCCCUUUCACUGAGCCCCCUGAAAGUUUUGCAUUUUAUGCAAACCAGCUGAAAGGAUCGAAGGAAAUCUCUUCAUGAAAUAAGCAGGCACCUUUUUGUUUUGUGUGUAUUGUGAUUCUUUGUCUACAUGUUAUUUUUAAAUGUGUUUGAGAGAAAAAUAAUAAAGAACUUUGUUUAUAUACUUUUGUCACCUGUGUUGAACAUCUUAUUGACAAUAUUUGUGUAUACUUGGUUAUUGGACUUUUUUAUUUCUUUCUAUGACAUAAAUGUACAUUUUCUUUCUUUCUUUGUGGAGAUGGGGGUUUCACUUGUUGCCCAGGCUGAUUUCAAACUUUUGAUCUUAUCCUCCCAAAGUGCUGGCCUUACAGGCAGGAACCACUGUGCCCAGCCUAUACCAUUUUCUUUAAUGCUUGUGUUAUAUGAAACUGUAUUUUUUCAGGGUUCUUCCCCCAAUUGACUCUUUAGUUCCUCUGCUCUAUUUUGUUUAUUAUUUUCAUUAAAAUGUUAUUCCUUUGUUUAAGACUUGCUGGUUAGUGCUGAUCUUAAAAAUUUUGGAGCUAGAUAAAUAACUGAUGCUCAUUGAGCUUUCUAAUCCCUAAUGUUCUGUGAUAUAACAGUCUCUUACAUGUGUGAACUCCUGUGUAAUUUUCAAAUUUUGUAAAACACAAGCACUUAGAGUAAUCCAAUCUAGUCAUCAUUGUUUUUCAGUAAGAAAGCACAGACCCGAAGAGACUGCUGCUUACCCUUGGUCAGGGCACUGUUGGCGAUGUCCAGAGGCUCCGCGGCCGCUUGCCCUUCCCUCCCUUUGGCCUUGCUGGCUUCUGUGCGUUGCUCAUGGAGGUCUCUGCGGUGAGCCUUAACCGUGACCUAGGAAGUAGAGCAAUGCAUUUCCUCUUCUUGAUUUCCAGGCUUUGUCAGCACAAGGUCUGUCCUACUCAAGGCUUGUUACUCAUGUCCUGGUAAUAUGUGAUUUCAUAUAUGAAGGGUUGAAAUUUGAUUUGUACUGAAUUUUUGAAAACUAAAAGUUAUCCCCAUAUUGGCCAUCAUACCUGUUAACAUCUACAUUGUAAGUGGUUACUAUAAAGAAAUAAUUUAACAUAGUUAAGGCAGUUUACCAUUAUUAAGAUAUAUUUAUAUGAAAUAUUGGCUUAUUUGAGGAUGAGGUAAUUGAUUGCCAAAAAUGUUGAAAAUGUUUUGCAAGUUACCCCCGUUUGGGAAUAUUCUGUGCCCGUUUAAAUAUGGCAACUGCCCACUGUUCUGGUUUCAUUGCCAACUGGUGUCUGCUCAUUACAUCAUGGGGCAAUCUCGCCUUGGGGAGCGGGCAGGCCUCCAGCCCACGGGGCUGUCCAUCCUUCUGCUUUGGGGGCCAGCUCUUCUGUAUCUAGUGCCUGUCUGCAGAUGGCGAGAGAAGGAGGGUUGAUGGAGGGAAGCCAAGAAGUCAAAGCCAUCAUAGUCAUGAUAUGAGCCGUGCUUUACUUUAACUAUCUUUUGUAGAGUUAGACUUUAGGAACGGGGCUCAGCUAGUGCCGUGUCCCAGCUGAGGACACAGUGACACUUCCCUUUGUGUGCUCCCAGGUUCAGGACUUAUACACGUUACGGUUUUGCUGUUGUCUGAUUUGCCUGGAGCCUCGCCCUGGUGUGCCUGUCUUUAGUGAUCCCACUGAAGCAGGCCUUGUUUUUUACAGUCAUUGCUAAUCACAAGUUAAGUGAGCUAAGUUUUAUUGACAUUCAUUAAAAUAGUUCUCUAAGGUUGAGGUAUAAUCUGGGCUUCGUAGUCAUCUUGGGGGAAACUGGAAGUACAGUCUUAAUUUGCUAGAAGUGCCUCCAAGCAGAAUGCCCCCUGUAUGGGGACUCAAAAUGUGGCUGUGGCACAGAGGAAAUUGCCAAAACCCCCUCAUCUAGGAUUCUGAAUAGCAGGCAGGGCCAUUAAAAUGUGUUACCAAAGGACUUUACGUAGUCAAAUGUUUGUAGCACUGUAUUGGUUUUCCUUAUGAAUAUAAAUAUUUAAAGUGUAAUAAUUAUGUACUCUAGGAGAGCUUAUGAAUGCUUUCUAAAUAUCUAAAUUGAAAUAAAAGAUACACAGUAAAUAAAAUUGUGGAAAUUCUCUACAGUAUGUUUAGACUCAUAAGCAAACAGCUAAUUCUGAAAAGUAAAUUACGUCAUUGUAAACUUUGGGAAAGAGUAAUAUUUUAUAUAUGAUUAAUGUUUAUUAUUUAAUUGUAAUAUAAUUUUAAGAUGAAAUGCUUUGAAUAAAGUGUACUCCAGAUAUCUGUGGGCUACGUCCUU